CCUUUGAGUUACUACGUGUAUGCCUGAGCUUUUAGCGGAAAAAUCAUGCACUAACUCCCUUAACAGUCUGCCUUUCUAUUAAUUAUGUACGUAUCCGAUCCUCGUUUUUCUACGUUAUUUUGUUUAUUCUCCUCGUUUGCUGUUUUGCCAUUUUCACUGUACACAUCGUUUAUUUAGGCAUAAAAAAAUCGCAGUUUAGCCAGGCAUGUGGUUAUUAGUCGGUGGAAUUAUAACAGAAUAGCAGAUGAACUUUAUAUUAUGAAGCGUGGUCAUUACAAUUCUCUGAGUUUUCCAGAAUAAUCCGCUGGUGUAAAAUUGCCCUUUUCUAAAGUGAAGUUUGGCGUGUGGCACUCAAAGCUUUGGUCACUAACCAAUGACAUCAUUGAACGGGUCUUCCUUUAGCAAGCGGUCGCUUUAAUUUCUUCACCCCCACCCCCCGUUCGGGAGGAACGACGUGACAGCGGCAUUUCUGCUGGCCUCGGCCAAUAAAGCACAUUAUAGAUGUCUGAAAACCGGUCCAGCGUCACGGAAACGCAUGUUUAGUCCAUUAGGUUGUGUCGAAGGCGAAGCCCCUGGUCGUAUUUAUCUUACAUGAUUUGUGAAUCUUUUAUAUUUGAAAGCCAACGUGUUUGACAAAAUAAUUUUAAACACGUAGGAUAAGCAUCUCUGUUUUUAUUAUCACGGUUAUUUAGUGUGUGUGUGUGUGUGUGUGUGUGUGACCAAAUGACUAGUUUCUCUGUGGUUUAUUGGUUAUUUACACGAGACUACAUGUUGCCGCUCUAAUGCUACCGUUUAAAAUGAUAAGUGCAUUUAUUUAACAUUGAUCUGUGCACUGAUCCCUGCCUGGAGGGCCAUGUGUUUCUGUUGUUCUAAUCUACUAUGCAGACAAUCAACAGCUAAUAUUGGAUUACCUAGCCUGUGCGGUGUGUUGUUCUGAGGCCACACAAAGGAUAGGGACCACUUUCUGUUCAUCUCAUCUAUGUCUUUUCAAUUUUCUUUGUCAGUCAGACCGCCUCUGUUCUGAUGCUUACUUCUUUCUUUGGCUAUAAUCUGACUUUGGAAGCAGGGAUGACUAUGGAUGCAAGAUAUAUUGGCAUCAAUAUCGGUAUCGGCCAAUUUGAGUCAUUUUUUAACUUAUUGGUAUCGGUCCGAUAAGUAACACGGGCAAUAAUUACAACCGUGUCUUCCGUCUUGUUUCUGUUUGUGUAUCUAUUUCAGAGGGUGAGGGGGAUGAUGAUGUGUGAUUGUUUGGUCAGGUGACAGUGAUGGUAAUCAUUUCAGAAGCAUAAAUGUGUGUGGUGUGUGUGUAUAUAAUAACAUAUAAUACAUACAUAAUAUAUAUGUAUAAAGUCUAGUUUGCAUUUUAUAGAAAUAAUGCAAGACAUUCAGCAAUUCAGCUUGCACAAAUUUCAGUCUGUAUAAAUCUGCUGAUUUCAGAGGCGUGUAUUUAUAGUGGUAUCAGCAAAUAUUGUUUAUCAGCUAUAACAGGACAUUAACAUCAGCUAUCGGUAUCGGCCCAUAAUUUCACAACGGUGCAUCCCUAGGUAUGACCUAUUGAAAUUGCCAUGCAGAGACUCAAGAAACUUUAAUUAUAGUUGGAUUUUUUUGAGACUGAAUGAGAUAUUUGUGUUGUCUGCUAAUGAAGGAAGGGAGGAACACUAAACUCACUAAUGUAUGCAGAUGACCUGGUGGUCUUCAGUCCAAUUAGUGUGGGUUUACAGCAGCUUAAUGAUAUCUGUGCUGAAUUAGCUGUGCUAUAUGACAUCCAGUAUAAUGCUGUCUUGAUAUGUAGAACCAACCAGGAUAAAAGGCUUAAUUUCCAUGUGUUCAAAACUGUCAAAUGUUGUUCUUACUGUGUGUGAAAAGGUGAAAUAUCUUGUUUAUUUUAUGAAUGAUUUAAUGACUGAUAACGAUGACACAUAUAAGCAAUGUUGUAAGCUCUAUGCACAAGCGAAUAUCCUUGCACGUAAGUUUAGCUUCAGCUCAUCUUCUGUAAAUUUGGCUCUGUUUAAGGCUUUGUGCUCACCGCUCUAUAGGGAGCCUAGUCACGCCCAUCUAGUUCCGCACCACGAGUCCCCGAAAAAAUGAAUGCAAGUCGCUGGGGCUAAAAAACACUUUUUUCUAAUCCUCUUUGCUUUAGACCCUGGAUCGCACAUAUGUUGUACUGCAAUUUAAAUGAAAUGUAAUGAUUGGUGUUACGACAAUGCCAGUCAUGUACUUUGAGAUUUGUCAACUUGUAAAAGUUCGUAAUUAGCAUAAGUACAAACCAGAAAUUGGCACGUCAGAGUGCACUCUCUGCUAAAUCCUUCAAUAACACAAGAUCAGCCAUGUCAGAUUCCCGUCAGUCAUGGAUGUCUUCAAUAGCUUUUAACACCGAUUAUGCAAAAAAGCUGUUUUUCCACUGACAAAAUGAUUUAGUGGGUAAAAUAAUUAAUGGACGAGGAACGUGUGGACGACUGAGACCUUCAGUACUGUGGUUCCCACGUUCUACCACUAAAUGCUGUUCAUACACAUGAUCUAUGGAAUAUUUUCACACACGAGCACAAAAAGAUGAAUAUCACGCAAUGUGUAAAUUAGGUCCUACACACACAUCUGUGCAUAAGUACAGUUGAUAAAUAAAUUCAAAUCCCCUGAAUUUGGGGAUCCUCUGCCAUCCCUCCAGGUCUGUCAGGUUGGAUGGUGAACGUUGGUGGACAGCCAUUUUUAGGUCUUUCCAGAGAUGCUCAGUGGGGGUUAAGUCAGGGCUCGGGCUGGGCUAUUCAAGAACUGUCACAGAGAUGCCGUGAAGCCACUUCUUCAUUAUUUUAAUGACACUUAUGGUCAUUGUGUGCUUAGGGUCAUUGUCAUGUUGGAAGAUAAAUCUUUGGCCCAGUCUGAGAUCCUGAGCACAUUGGAGAAGGUUCUUGUCCAGGAUAUCCCCGUAUUUGGCCAGAUUCAUCAUUCCCUUGAUUGCAACCAGUCAUCCUAUCCCUGCUGCUGAAAAACACCUCCACAGCAUGAUGCUGCCACCACCAUGUUUCACUGUGGGGACCGUAUCGGACAAGUGAUAAGCAGUGCCUGGUUUUCCCCACUCAUACCACUUACAGUUAAGUCCAAAAAAUUCUAUCUUGUUAUCAUCAGACCAGAGAAUUUUAUUUCUCACCAUUUCGCGGUCCUUCAGGUGUCUUUUAGUAAACUCCAUGUGGGUAAGUGUGCCUUUCACCUAGGAGAGGCUUCCGAUGGGCCACUCUGCCAUAAAGCCCUAACUGGUGGAGGGCUGCAGUGAUGGUUGACUUUCUCCCAUCUCCUGACUGCAUCUCUGGAGCUCAGCCACAGUGAUCUUUGGGUUCUUCAUUACCUCUCUCACCAAGACUCUUCUCCCCCCGAUAGCUCAGUUUGGUGGGACGGCCUGCUCUAGGAAGGGUUCUGGUUGUCCCAGACGUCUUCCAUUUAAGGAUAAUGGAGGUCACUGGGCACUUAGGAGCCUUAAGUGCAUCAGAGAUGUUUUUGUAACCUUGGUCAGAUCUGUGCCUUGCCACAAUUCUGUCUCUGAGCUCUUCAGGCGGUUCCUUUGACUUCAUGACUCUCAUUUGCUCUGACAUGCAUUGUGAGCUGUAAGGUCUUCUAUAGACAGGUGUGUGGCUUUCCUAGUCAAGUCCAGUCAGUAUAAUCAAACACAGCUGGACUCUAGUGAAGGUGUAGGACCAUCACAAGGGUGAUCAGAAGAAAUGGAAAGCACCUGAGUUAAUGAUGUGCCACAACUAACGAUCGGAAUACUAAGGACCAUGUGACCCUGAGAAUUUGGUCAAUGGGAAUCACCAGGCCAAUUCAUCACAUCCACCCUUGGCUCCUGGAGAAAAAGCCCAUUCUGAGCACAGUGCCAUCGUCAGCUCCAUUGAGAGGGAUCUACAAGAGAUCAUGGAUUCAUUAGGCAUGGAUGACCCUGAACUUGAACCCUCUUCAUCGGAGGCAAUAAAGCCUCUUGGAAACCAGUCCAUUUCCCCCUCCCCCUUGUCACCGGUGGCCAAUGGAGGGGGAAGGUAUCUGUUGUCCCCUCUUACUAGCCCAGGGGCAAUGUCUGUGGGGUCCAGUUAUGAAAAUGCAUCACCUCCUUUCUCCCCGCUCUCUUCCCCCUCAGCAGCCAGUAGUGGAAGUUUUACUAGCCCGUCUCCUGGUGGAGGACCCCAGGACCAGAGCUCCACUCUACCACCAGUGCCUACACGCUCCUCCAGCUACAACUUUACUACCCAGCCUCCCCCUGUGCCCCAGCCACGGACCGUACUGCCUAAUUAUACUGGGUCAGGCCAGAAAAUUCAGGAAAGCCCGAGGCUACAGCGGAAGGUGUUAAUAGCAGCUCCUCCGAGCCCCAAGCCAAGUCGCAGAGCACUCAGUCAAGAUGGAUCAGAGAGUCCACAACAGACCUCUCUUUUGUCUUCUACUGAAUCUCUCAGUAGUAGACACGUAGUGCCAAGCAGUCCCAGAGUCACUCCCAAAUUCCCUUCCUGUUCUUCCACAUCACCCUCCAGUCCUAGGACCAAGACAGCCACUGUGCUCCAGGAAAGACCUUCCAGUCCCUUCAGAGAGCAUACUGUUUUAGCUGAUCGCUCAAUGAACUCCAGCCCCUCCAGACAGCUUUUACAACCUAGUAAAGCAUUUCAGCCUCCCCUAGACCCUGUUGUCCACAUUAUUCAAGGAUCUCCCCUUCAACAGCAUCCACGUUCAUUGCACCCACCCGAGAGCCCUCGCAUGGCUAGGAGAAACCUAGAGUUGAAUGGGGGCUGUGGAGUGAGCAGUGGUAUGAGAGAGUUGCCUCCUCCAAGUCCCUCCUUAGUUCGAAGAGGGGUCCCAGUUCUCCCAGGGGCACUUCCAGGAACAGUCCCCACACUGAGGACUCCAGAAAGCCCCUCAAGUCUGGGCAGGCUGGUCCCAGAGAGUCCCAGGCUUCGACGCAAAACUGGAUCAUCAUCAGAGGAGCCAUCUUGUAGUAGAGGGAUCAGAGCCCGCAGUCCAUCUCCUACCUCUAUGAUGACGGAGGGCUGUAGCAGUUCAGGUGUACGGAAGGCAAGCUUGGGAAAUUCUUUGUCACCUGCCUACAGUCUAGGUUCUCUCCCUGGUUCCUCUCCUGUAGCCAGCCCCCGAACUCAGAGGAAGAUGUCUUCAGGGAGACCCCAUCCAGGAAUGAGGGAGAGGAAGAACAGCAUCACAGAGAUCAGUGAUAACGAGGAUGAACUGCUGGAGUACCACCGACGGCAGAGAGAAGAGAGGCUCAGAGAGCAGGAGAUGGAGAGGCUGGAGAGGCAGCGACUGGAGACCAUCCUGACUCUCUGUGCCGAGUACAACAAGGGGGACAACAUGGGGCUGGAUGCUCUGGGCUCUGGGAGGAUCGGCUUCCCUGGCAGCCUGAACGAUGACUCUGGACGGAGGUCGUCUGUGGAAAACGUUUUUGGAGGGACACAAUCGUCCCCAACGAUGUCUCGCCUGGCUCAGAGACAGAGAGAGAGCGACGAGGAGAACCUGAAGGAGGAGUGCAGUAGUACUGAGAGCACUCAUCAGGAGGUGAGGACGUCUCCUGCUGUCAGUGCAGCCGCGGCGCUGCACAAUGGAGAGCGACAGCACGAAGACUCCCCCUGCUCAGGCAGCGCAUAUCGCUCAGAGCUGAGUUACCUGGAGGAUGAGCGGCUGCGUGUUCUGGCUCACAUUGAUGAGCUGAAAACCCGGCUCACGGAGCUGGAGCAGCAACUUCAGGAGUCCAAACAAGAGGCAGAGAUGGAGCGUGCCUUGCUGCAGGGCGAGAGGCAGGCAGAGCUGGACCAGGUAGAGGCAGAGACGGAUGUCAUCAGCCAGCUGCAGCACAAGCUGGAUGAGCUGGAGAACGCCAUUCAGCAGGAGAAGGACAAGGAGAGGGCUAAUGUUGAGGCUGAGCGCCGCACCCUGCAGAGACUCCAGGAGAGCUAUGCUGAGCUGAAGAACCAGCUUCAUAAUUGUCCUGAAUCCCUGCGGGAACAGUUACAGGAACAGCUCAAAAGGGAUGGAGAGAUGCUAGAAGCAGGAACCAAAAAGUUUGAGGACCUGGAGUUUCAGCAGCUGGAAAGGGAAAGCAGCCUGGAGGAGGAAAGAGAGACCAUCAGCCAGCAGCUACUGCAGGAGAGAGCGGAAUACCACCGCAGCGUGGCCAAGAGGAAGGAGAAGGUGUCAGCUUUGGAGAAGCAGGCGAACCAGCUGGGCCAGCAGGCAUCUCAGGAGUGUGAGAGGCUGGCCAAAGACAGGGUGCUCACACUGCAAGUGCUCCAAAAGGAGAAGGAGCGACUGUCCACCCUGGAGAAGAGGUACCUCAUGCUGAGUGGAGGAAAAGGCUUCCCCAGGUCUCCCACCGCUCUAAGGGAGGAAGUUCUCUGUGCCAGUGAGACCCGCAUGCAGUUGGAGGAUGUGCGUUCCUCCCAGCGUUCCCUCUGUGGAGCUUCUCCUUUGUUCUUACUUCCCUCCCCUCCCUGUGAGUUGUGUCCCAGCAGCCCUACAGAGGAGUGCACCGAGCUGUCGGAUGUCUAUAGGAUGUACGGCAGCGGUGACGACCAUGAGCGCAGAAAGCCUGGCCCACACAGCCGCCCGUUUGCCAUUGAUGCUACGUUAGCAGGAGCCUGUGAGUAUGUCACAGUGGGCCAGGUAAAUCAGCUGUAUGGGAUGCCAAAGGUGGAGUCGUCCCCCACCUCCCCACUUCUUCAGCCCCUGCGGCCCGCCUUCUCCUGCCUCCCCUCUCCUCACGGCUCCUCCCUCUCUCUGUGUGUGGAGCAGCCCGAGGCCAGUAAGCCUCACCACCCCAAGCUAGAUUUAGAACAGUGGUACCAGGAGCUGAUGGCUGGUUCUGGCCGGCUCCGCGUCCCCCCACUGCCAGCCAAGUCCUUGUCAGGCCGCAGGCCGGUGCUGCAGGUGUUUCGCUCCAAACUGGACAGCGAUCCCGGUCUUUCGGUCCACCAGCCCAGGUCUGGCUCUGCGUCCCCCCUGCACCACGGAGCAGCAACACUAGGACGCAACACAGGCUCCAAGAGCCCCAUGUUGGCUGUCGGUAACACCGGAAGUCUGCCGAGGAACCUGGCUGCAACCCUUCAGGACAUCGAGACCAAGAGGCAGCUUGCUCUGCAGCAGAAAGGUCAGCAGGUGAUUGAGGAGCAACGCCGUCGUCUGGCUGAACUCAAACAGAGAGCUGCAGCAGAGGCUCAGUGCCAGUGGGAGGCGCUCCACAGCUCCCAGCCUCACCUCUUGACCUCUUACUCUCCCGCCAUGGCCUACAGCCCAACGCUGAGCCACGGCUCCAUGGGCCCUCCUCCUCUGGUGCACCACUCCAUCUUACACCACCAGCCUUCAUCAGCCGGGGAGCAGCCGUACGACACGCUGAGUCUGGAGAGCUCCGACAGCAUGGACACCAGCGUGUCCACGGGGAACAACUCGGCCUGCUCACCUGACAACAUCUCCAGCAGCGUGGGGGGAGUGGACGUCCUGAAGAUCGAGGAGAUGGAGAAGAUGCUGAAGGAGGCGCAGCUGGAGAAAGCCAGACUUAUCGAGUCACGGGAGCGAGAGAGCCUCGCACGCCAUCAGAUGCUGGAGGAGGAGAGGAGGAGGAGGGAGGAGGCAGAAAUCAGACUACAGGAUGAAACGUUCCAUCGACAGCAGCUGGUGGAGAAAGAGGUCAGGCUGAGGGCCAAGAACUUCUCACAGGCCCGCCCCAUGACUCGCUACCUGCCCAUCAGGAAGGAGGAGUUUGACCUGCGCUCACACAUUGAGUCGUCGGGCCACAGCGUGGAGACGUGCUACCACAUGAUCCUCACAGAGAAGAUGUGUAAGGGGUACCUGGUGAAAAUGGGAGGCAAGAUCAAGUCAUGGAAGAAGCGCUGGUUUGUGUUCGACCGCCUCAAAAGGACCUUCUCCUACUAUGUUGACAAACACGAGACCAAGCUGAAGGGUGUGAUCUACUUCCAGGCUAUAGAGGAGGUCUACUACGAUCACCUUCGCAGUGCCACAAAGAGUCCAAACCCGUCCCUGACUUUCUGCGUGAAGACCCACGACCGCCUGUACUACAUGGUGGCCCCGUCGGCCGAGGCCAUGCGGAUCUGGAUGGAUGUGAUCGUCACCGGAGCGGAGGGAUACACACAGUUCAUGAACUGAGCAGCCGUCGCUAGCAGGAACGACUUCCUGUUUCCACCUCAGCACAGAAGCAGAGCUGGCUUUUACUUUUAGGUUUUUGUCCAAUUUUACUGUGCAGAUUGUUCUGUUGGAGUUCUAAAAGGGAGUCGUAAACACACACACACACACACACCUGUGUAUAUAAAUGGUCUCCACCUGUUCUACAAAGCCUUUCUAUAUUGCCAAAAGGAGAUCCUUGUAGUUACUGUUGAAUAUUUUGUAUUAUUGUUUUUCUUUACUUGUAGAGAAAUUUGCCAAACGACACGUUGCCGAUGUUGUCGAGGAUUCCAUCGUGACUUUGUUGACUGAGCAGCUUUGUGAGAAUCUUUAGACAAAAGCUGUUUUUAUUUCAGACACGUGACAGAAAUGAUGAAGCGACUCGUGUAUCAGGGGAAGUGGAGCAGAGCGGGUCAGCGUGGACCGGAGAGGACGAUCACCUCGCCGGGCAGCAGCUGCAGCCUGGCUGUCUCUCACACACACACACACACACACACACGCACCAAAGUGACUUGAACUCUAUGGAGUCCACUGUGUUGACGGAGGUUCUGGCCCUAAUACCUGGUUGCUUUUCACACACCUCUACACAUCUGAGAUGUUUCAGGGCUUUCUGCUUCACCCGUGGGUGAGUCAGGGGAAGCACCGAGCUUAGCCUAGAAGAGAGGUGGAGGGACGCCAGCUGGACUCACUGUCGACAUCCACCUCCGUCUGCUCUUUGCUGCUGGUCCUGUGGAAACCCAGAUCCCUGAUCCUCCUCUGUUGGGUUAAAGCGCCACACACAGCGUUUAAAUUCACUCGGUGUUGUUCUGGCUGCGUCUGAAACCAUUCAUCCUCUAGUCUGCUGGGUCAGCAGUGUAGAGGUUUGCUAGCUUGAUUUAAAGCUAAAAUAGGGUUUCUUAGCAUGGAAGGGUAGAAACGUAGGAAACCUAAUGCCUGUUUGACCCGAGCCCCGGCCUCUAUGCUCACGUUAUAGUGCAGGACUACAGACCAGCGAUACCAGGACCCUCAUCAGAAUCAGAAAAGUGGUGUUGGACUAAUGUCAUCUAACAGUUCCUGUUUAAAAUUAGGCUCAGCUUCGUUUGAACUGUGUUUACAUUUAAAAACACAAACUUGUUCGUCUGAUGAGGAAGUCUGUGCCUCACCAGCAGCGGCUGGCUGCCAGAAACAGAUCAUCUGUUCCACCAAAGCUGCCACCUUCUCAGUGUGCUUGUAAAAAGCCCAACCGACUGAUCUCACUGUGUCUGAAUGAAUCUGCAAAAUGUACAUCUGUGUGUGUGUGUGUGUGUGUGUGUGCACACGUGAAGCUCACCCGUCUACCGGGUGGCCUUUAGCUGAGCCGCCUCACAGACUGGUGGUUCUCAGAACCAGUCCUUGUGUGGUGAGUCCAGCUCGGCCUCUUCAGGACACCUCACUCACACAGACGCACUGACAGGCGUGCGUGAGUUCGAUCAUCGACAUGUAGGUUCAGCCGCAUCACCAUGGAGAUGGUGGGGGUCAGGUGUCUGAUGGAGAGCAGGUUUAAUUCUGUGGUUUGUGACGGUCGAGUGCUCCUGACCCGACUACUCAAAGCGCCGUGCUCAGCGCUGCUGUACGUCUUUAAUGCCACAGAUACCAGACAGGGACACCGCUGCUUCUGUGUUAUUAGCUGGUGUUGUUUGGGUGAUCGUGAGCUGCUUCUGGGUCAGACUUUGUGAAUCUCUGCCUUAAACCUACAAUCCUGUUAAAAUCAGCUGCCUCUCUUUGCUGAUCGACUGUUCAGACUUUUCUUUUCCAGUCCCCCGCUUUAGGCCUUCUCUCACCAAGCUUUAACGUCUCUGGACGGCACUCCUGGUUCUGUUGUGGACCAGCUGACUGUAAGCUCUGAGGAGGAUCAUCGGCGCGUGUCAGACUGCUGCUUUAGUUCUUUACGUCGGUACAGUUGUGACUUACGGUGGUGCUGCCUGAAACGUGACGCGUUUCAUUUAGAAAAGUAGAAGAAGACCUUAAUAUAUUCCCCCUCCGCCUUCUUUUUGACCAAACUCUGACACGGAGAGGCUGUCGCCACCGUGCAGCUUUGUGUUACUCGUGUGUGUUCAGAUGAUCGAUGUAAUGUACAGAAGAUGCCUGAAUGAAAAUGAAACGGUUCAAUAAAAUCAUGCACACUGUUUACUUUGUUUCACACUUUUACUGCCAGUUACAUCUUGAACAGUAUGGUGGUGAAUAAAUCUACAGAACUCAUCAGCAGGUACAUGUAAACAGAAUAAACCACACCCCCAAAGCGCCCACCAGACACACACACACACACAUUGUCACAAGAAGUACUCGGACCACACACUGUUACUGGUACCCUGUAUGUCUCAUGUAUGAAUUAUGUGGAUUUUUGUCAAAUCUAUUAAAAAAACUAUCAGUC